AUGGCUAUGGCUCUUGUAGACAUGGCUGCUUCUUUCUUCAACGUUUUCAAGUUGCUACAAUUCUUUUACGGCAACAGCGACAUCACUUGUAAAAUACGAGGAACUUCAAGUCGUAUCGGGAUCUUCACAUCAUUGUUAUUGACUGUUAUGAUAGCUUUUUAUCGUCACAGAGCCAUCUGCUAUCCCUUCUCGAGGCAGUGGAGUGUGAAGUCAAGUAUCUUGGUGUCUUUCGGAUGCUUUCUUCUUGCGGUUGUUAUUAGUGCUCCCAUCGCUUAUUUUGGGCAUGCUUACUAUUUGGGACCACGACUCCUGAUCUGCGAUCUGUAUGGCCAGAUCGAGUUAGUUGCCAACAUUUACUCGUCUGGGCAAGCAGCCAUUUAUUUGAUCAGUUGCACCACGGUUGUGGGUCUCUACUCGAAAAUUUUCUUGGUGAUUCGUGCAUCACAGAAGGUUCGUAAGACAGUACUUGGAGGGCAAAGAGGUACAGGUACCAAUGUCAAGUUAGCAGGCAAUGAACUAUCCUCAUCCUCUCUGAGCGCAUCUGGCAUCAACACCUCGGUGUCAGUGGUAAUGACAAAUAUCAACGUAUCUGAUCAAAAUAACCUGGUCACUCAGAACAAUGCAGCUCAUUCUUGUGUCAAUCCAGGAUAUGAGCUCGAGGAGAAACACAACGAUAGGAUGAAUGUAAGCAAGGACAAAACUGUUUCAAAUGGACUUAAUGAUUUAUCAGUCUCCCAUUCAAACAUCGAUGGGAAGAACGAAAACGCCAGUCGUGCUACACGUGAGAAAACUGUUGCAAAACCAUCCUCUAACACGGGAGAACACCGUGUCACUCUGAUGUUGUUGGUCAUCACUGCUGUCCUCCUUAUAACAUGGCUCCCCACCGUGGCCUACAACUACCUUACGACAAUUCAACUCAUAAAGAUUCAUCAACAAACAAUUGGAGGACCCAUCACCUAUCUCCUCCUUCAGCUUAAGUACAUCACUCACUUUACCAACUUCUUUAUUUACAUGGCUAUUAACAGAAAAUUUCGGCAAGAGUGUUACAAUUUGCUUUCUUGUAAAAAAAUAAUGGGUAAGAAAACAUUGCUGUAA